GGGUAUUUAAAUUUUGAUGCAGACAUGUCAAUCACGAGAGGGUAUCAGAAUCUAUUUAAAGGACUGGGUAUUUCAGUUGAUAAAACACGGCUGCUCUCUUGGGCCCUAAUUUUCCUGGUUACUGAAGAUUCCUUGCAUAUAUAACUAUGAUUAGUGGAGAUUUGUGGAGAAACGAAAGAGGAUGUAAAUAAUUUGAAGAAAUGGGGACUUAACUCUAAAUGUGGAUUGGUGUGCUGAAUUAUGUAACUAUUGGAAACAUGAUCUCAACUUUUAUGGUGUGCUGUUUGUUGCAAAUCACGAUUUUCCACAUUACUCCAUUUCUGACCAAUAAAUGUCCAGAAUCAGUUCCCACCUCAAAUUACGUUGACAAAUGCCCAGAAAACAAAACUGCGUGGAUGUUAGCGGCAAAACAUAAACAAUGUGAAAAUGUAGCGAAGGUUCAAAAUUGUUCGAAGGAAGUUGACUUUGUGUAUCACUGCGUAUUGACAGACCAGCAACAAGACUCGUGGAGGUGUGUGUCCCACGAUGGUAUAUGAAUGGUUAUUGUGCUGCAUAUGACACUGACGAACAGCGUCUUGUCAACUACAUAGACGAGGACUGUACAGAAUUUGAAGAAAACGCAUGCCCGACCAGAUAUUUAUCAACAGAUAUCUUUAAAUAUACAGGAUGCUAUAAUCUUAUUGAAUCUAGAUCCAGAUUGGAUGUUAGAUGUAGGAGUUCAGAUAAUUCGGAUAUUUUAAGUUCCCUGUCGCCUGUUCAUGUCAUUCUCUCAAUCAUCAUUGGAAUCCUUGCAACUCUAUUAGCAAUCCAAUCCGUGUUCACAUACAAAUUGAGAAGAAAAUAUCAACAUGCUGGAGAAAAUAAGAAUGUGAAUAACAAUAAGAACCCAACUGAUCCAGAGAUACCAGUUGAUGAAGACUCAUCACAUUAUCAUGAAGAAUACAUCGACGAGAGCACGGGAAAAACGCUUUGGCUGAGGUACCCACGAACAAAAACAAUAGUGAAAUAUAUCUACAAGAACGACAAGAAACAUUACGAUUAUGGUGAAAUAUUACCAAUUCACGAAAAAGAACCAGAACAUGAGAGGAAAUUGGAUCAAACAGUUUGAUGAGAAUUGAAAUCACUCUCACAAAUAACUCUUUUCUUAAUCAUAAUUUACUGUUACAAUAGAAACCACUUUCAUUCCAUGUGUUACGUAACAGCUGCUGAUAUGAUAAAUUGCAAAGCAAAAAUUGACAGCAUUGCAGUAUCAAAAUGUUUGAUACUUUGAUUUCUAUAAUGACUCAAAAAUAAUUUUCAUAACUUGAUUCAAUGCAAUACAAACUUUCCAUAUGCAUGAAACAAACCAUUCUGGAUCAGUAGUAAAUGAUCAAUUUUGUUUGUCAAAAGGUAUAUAUAUAUAUAUAUAUAUAUAUAUAUAUAUAUAUAUAUAUAUAUAUGUGUGUGUGUGUGUGUGUGUGUGUGUGUACAGUGAUUCCCCGCUAUAUUGCCCCCCCCCCGUUAUAAUGCCAACCCCGCAUAUCGCCAAAACAGUUCAAAGUCCCGUUCUCCUCGCUAUGGAAAACCCCGUUAUAACGCCAUCCCCCGCAUACCGUCAUCCGCCAACGUAUUUACAGCUACGAUUUGGUCAAUUACCGUUAUAAUCACCCCCGAUAAUUAUCGCCAAUCAACGGCAGGAAAAUUUCAGUGAGCAGGCUUAAGGAAUUAUCUGCCGUUAGUCCUCCAGGUCUCAAAGUUUGAGGUAGAUAAUAAGUUACGCAAAUUAUAAUCAACUGAGUUCAAAUAUGCAGUAUUGUUUUUGAAAUCUGAGUAUCGCGGACACACCGAAAUCUAAGCGUGUUGGAUAUAAAAGAAAAACUGGAAAUCGUUAAAUACCCCUAGCAUUACGAGUCAUUGCCGACCAAUAGACGCCGGGAUUAUCCAAGCAUUCAAAGCACAUUAAUGUAGUACAUAAAAUUUGUUUGAUUUCUUAUGACAGCUUUACACAUACUCCCCCUCACCCGGAAUAAUGCCACCCCCGUUGUAAUGCCAAAAUUGCCGAGGUACAAAUGUUGGCGUUAUAACGGGGGAUCUCUCUCUCUCUCUCUCUCUCUCUCUCUCUCUCUCUCUCUCUCUCUCUCUCUCUCUCUAUAUAUAUAUAUAUAUAUAUAUAUAUGUGUGUGUGUAUGUGUGCGUGAGUAUGUUUGUGUGAUGGUCCCGCUUAAAUUUGUGUGUGCGUGCGUACGUGUUAGUAUAUGUGUGUGUUUGUUCGAUACUUACAUACAUGUAUACCUAACAUGCAAACAACACUGCAAAAACAAACAUGCCAUCUAUUCAUUAGAGAUGUAAAUAUCCCCAAGGAGUUGAGACUCGUAAUGCGUCAGUUCUAAUUCAACUUUAUAUAAUAAAACAUAUAAUUUAAUCGAUUGAGAAAUACCAGUUUUCCUGUGUCAAGAACAUGCAGCGGAAAUAUGGCAGCUACAUGUGUUCCAAAUGUUCUGAGCUCUAAUCGGUCAAACGAAAUUAGCAUGCAUACAUGUACAGUGCACUGUUGAGUGGCAAUAUAACUGCUCUUCAUGUACAUUUAUUCGGAGAUUAUUAGCGAUAUACAUACGUGGAUAGAAACAUUGAAAACAAAAUGAGAUUUCUCUACUAUUCAGUCAACUACUAGAAACAUUGCACUAUGUGAACAAAUAUUUUAGGUACAUGCAUAUGUAAGUCUGGUUGUGUGAAAAGAAUAACAAUUUCGAUCCACAUACGUUUUAAAACCGUACUUGAAACAUCGCACACGCAAUAUUAAUGUUUAAUCAAGGAAGCAUUAUAAAUUUUAAACGAUAUGAAAAUAUAAAUGAUACACUUAUUCUUAGUGUCGUUGCUAGGUAGUAUAUGACUCAAGUACUUAACAUUUUCUUCAUCACUUAGUUAUUUCUGAAAAUGGAAUGGUUUCAAAAAAUGAAUAUCUUAUAAGGACGAUUUUAGGCACUAGUCAAGUUACAUACAUGAGUCAGUGUAUACAAAUUUGUUGGUAAAGAUGAGUAUGUGAACCAUUGCAUAAUGUAUGUAUGUUCUUUGUUUGAAUUAUAAACUUUUGAUUGAUCGAAUGAAAACUCAGAUGCAUUCAAAUGUAUCAAUAAAAAUGUAUUAAUAAAUAAUAUUUACGAGUCA